AUGCCACCGAGAAGAGCACUCUUUGGACGCCGUGGAGGUCCAAACCUCCCAAUUUCGAUUUCAUCAUCUUCAGACUCUUCGCCGCCAUCUACUCCGACACCACUUCCGACUGCUAGCUUUGAUGCUACACCUUCGGGAUCUAGCUUUGAGACUGACCCGUCUGAAGGGUCAUAUGAUCAGACACCGGUGCACAUGCCUUUGUCUCCAGACCCGUACUUUAUGGACAUCGAGGUGGAUGUGGUACACGAUAGUCCAGUGCACGGAGAUCAUCCCGCAGCUCCUGCAUCUCCUGCCGCUCAUAUUCCACCGGCCCCUGCCGCACCUAUUCUGGCAGCACAACCUCAACCAGCUCCAACUGAUCCAGCUAUAAUAGCACUUCUAGAACUGAUGGCUGAGAUGGUGAAUUUGCAACAUCAAGCAUUGAAUGCACAGCGUGAAGCACAGCGUACUCAGCCAGCUCCAGUACCUACCACUUCUCAUCCGGACUUUCUGAAGAUAGUCAUGAUUAUGAAAAACUUGGGGACGAAGCGUUACCAGGGAG